AUGUCCACCCCCAUUUCCCGAACUCAAUCCCCGGUGCCACUCCCUCCCAUUCAAUCUCGAUCACGCGCAACUUCUCCAGCACUUCCUCUGCCGCACCAAGCACCACACUUACCCUUUAGAGGCCCAUCUAUUCUUCCUUCUUCCUCGCUUCAUUCCUCCGCAAGAACCUCUAUUCCCAGUCCAAACCCCUCAACCCAGCCUCGCAGAAGCAAUCGCAGCAGAACAAAGGCUACGAGAGCAGGCGCUCCCAACUACAGCCGAGAGGAUGUCACUGCUCUACUCGACUUUGUUGAGGAGGUUGAGCCCCUAGGUUCCAACCACUGGGCCAUUGUGGCGAGAAAGUUUCGAAAAUGGGCUGAGGACAACGAACGUCCGGAAAGAGAAUUCGAGUCUCUCCGCAACAAGUUCGACAAAUUGUGCAACUCCAAAAAGAAAACGGGUAACCCAUCUUGCCCAGACCCCGUUCGAAGAGCGAAAGGGAUAGGCCGCGCUAUCCAAAACAAGUGCGCUGCGAUGAAGCGAGAAGGAUCAAGUGACGAAGAAGAUAAUGGAAGUAGAAUCGAGGGAGAGUCGGGAGAUGGCGCCGUGUCGAGUGGAGCUGUUGUAGUAGGUACCGAGGAUAGUUGCGAAGGAACACUCGGUUCCAUGAAAAGAAAGCGCAAAAUCGCAGCUACGGGGACUCGCCGAACGAGGUUUCGCGGAGAGGAUGCCAUUGCUGGGCACAUUGCUGGGCACAUUGCGGAUAUGUCGGAACAUAUUGGAGCCAUAUCCAAGUCGAUUGUCUCUGAACAAAAUGUAGUUUUUAGAAGUCUGGGUUUUACAAAGGAAGACGUUGUCACUAUAGUGAAAACUGAAGUGCGCAAAAGUAUGGCUCCGACAAACGCUAUGCUACAUCAAAUCAAUAACCUACUUCAGACAAUAGUGAGUAAAAAGUAA